UAGAAACACUUGAAGAUGGGCAAAAAGGGUAAAGGCAAAGGCAAUAAGCUGGCCAAAAUGUCCGAGGAGGAGCGGGCCAGAUAUUUACAAAUGCGCGCCGACAUGGAGGAGGAGACGAGGCGCCGCAAAAUGCAGCUAAUAGCGAUGUACAUGAAGAACAAGCUAAAGCGCGAGGAUGCAUUUUGUCGCCUGAAUAUGGCCAAAAUCAAUCAGGAAUGGCGUUCCAUAUUGCGACAGGUGAAAAUUCAGGAUUUGCGUCGGGAAAUUCUCGAUGUGGCGCAGUUUUUCGAGCAGGCGCUGAAGCGCAAGGAUCAGGUCAUACAGCGUCUAAUAGGCGAUAUCAAUUCCACGGAGGAUAUGUACGCCAACUUGCAGCAGUCGCAUAUGGAGAACAUUGAUCAUAUUAUUGGCAUACAUCGCAGUCGCAUAGAGUUCUUCUGGCGCAUCUACGAGGACGACAAGCAGGCGGUACUGCGUGAAUAUAAACAGGAUGCGGCUAUCUAUAAGGAAUUGCAGGCGGAGAAGCAACAGCAACUCGAGUGCGUUUUCUAUCAGCUAGAGGAGACCGCCGAUCGUACUAUCAAGGACAACCACGAAGACUAUCUGGAUCGUGUGGAGGAUCUGAAGAGCGGCAUGCAAUUGAAGCUGGAGAAGAUUACGAGCCGCGGCGAGGGCAAGCUGGAGGCCUUGUGGCAGGAAUAUCAAUCGGUGCUAGCCGACUAUGGGAAGCACAUCGAGGGCUUCUACUCGGAGUAUGUGGAUCUGAAGCAGCGCGACGAGGAGAGCGCCCAGCAGAUAAGUCAGCAAAGCUACGAGAUCGAGCACCUGAUCGAUCAGCUCUGCAAUCUCCGACUGCUCGCCGAGGAGCAGCAAAUCAAGCAGCAGGCACAGCUGCACCAGAGGCAAAACAUCAAACAGGAGCUCACCGAUCGGCUGAGAGAGUUGCGCAGCUACGUCGAAAAGGAGGUGGAGGAGCAGCACAGGCUAUUCAAGGAAAUGACCGUGGAGAGCUAUGAAGCUAUACAGACACUCAAGGCACAUCUGAGCAAAGUAGAAACUUUGUCCCAGCUAUCGCGCAUUUGCUCCAAAAUGGAAACGCAGCGAGAGAAACUGUUUCAGCUGCCUCAGCUCUCCAAAGAGAUAAUAGAGAUACGUGAGCUGCAAACACCUGGAGAGGAGGACUCUCACUUAUCUAAUGAUCCACUCAAGGAGGAAGUAGCUGCCUUGCCACAAAUGGAAACCUUUUGGCGACGCGUCAACAAUGUCUCCGUCGACGUGGCCUGCCUCAAGCAGCAGAAACGCAACUUGGAGGCAGAAAAUGCAAAAUUGAAGGCCGAGCUGCAGGACUAUCUGAUUGAUCUGAACAUAGCCAACGGCUCCAAUAGCCACAUCCACGAUUAUCUGUCGCGUCGACCCAAGAGCAUGUCCGUGGAUCGGGUCACCCAGCUGCGCUUGCAGCCGAAGCAGGUGAAGAGCGCUGUGGCAGGUGGGCGACGUCCAGCCCCACGUCCAAUUGGAGCACAUGUGCCGAGCUGCGAGGCAGGCAUAUCGAAUCUGAUACGUUCACGUAAUCUAGUCAGGGGCAAACCUCAGCUGGCCAAGCUUAGAGCUUAGGAGGCCUAGGCACGACAACUACAAACAUAAAAAAGCAAAAAAUAAGGAAAAUACAAAAACAAAAAUUUUAUAGCUAUAAGACUCAAAAUAGCAUAUGGAAAAUUCAGUUUUGGUUGUGGUCCAAAUUCCAGCUUAAGUUCAACUCGAAAUAAUGCAACGUAAUCGCAACAUUAUCAAGUGCAUCUCACUAUGUCGCUGCCCACCGCAGGCGUUUGGUGAGCUGACUGGUACCAAUGCCAUCGUCUAUACCCAAGCGAAUUUGGCCAACAGCUGCCGGAAGCUCUAUACGGAGCUGAUGUCUUCCGGCAGACGGAUAGCUGAGAUACGAAAGGCGAUAAUAGCGCGCCAGCAGAAGGACGACAUGACCUGGGUGAAGUUGACCUGCAACUUGAAGAAUGGAAAGAAAAAGCCACCGCGCACCGCGACAGAUUACCUGAGCAUGCCGCUCAAGCGAUGUCUCGAUCUCAGCCCGUGCCACAUUGGCAGCGUUAAGCACAACAUUUGCCCCGAAUGUAUUGGCAACGAUACAGCCGACAUAACGCAAAAUACGGAUGAUCCACUAUACAGUCCAAUGAUCCAAUCAGAGCCGAAAUUGAAUAACUUUACCUAUCGUGGACGUAUUGUUUGUCACGAAUGCGUCCAAUUAAAUAACGUCGAUGAUAUGGACGAGCCUUUAUGUAGUGGCACAUCUUCUGGGAAACAAUCUCGUAAACUCUCCAAAAUAAAUGUGCAAGCUUCUGCUACAUCAGAUCCAAAUAUAUUGAAGUCCUCCUAAGCUGAUUUAUAAAAUUCAUUAAAAAAUUUUAAGUCUUGACGAACUUUUAUAUUUUGGCGCCGGGUGUCGCCUGCAAGGCUGCCAGAUGGUUGAAGGCAAACCCCAAUAAGAAAAUUAUCUGAAUAUAUGAUUCUGCAAAUCAAGAAGUGCGGCAUCAAAAUCUACGCAUUUUAUAAAAAAUAACAUUGACUACAUUAAUAUCUUUCAAAAAAUAAAUGAAUCAAUAUAAAAUUGUCUAA